AUGAAGGUGCCAAGAGCCAAGGUGAGAAAAGCAGAAGCACCUCUUGAGGGUCCUCAGAGUUUCUAUGCAUCUUCCACUGCCAUCACAGCCUCCUCAUCCAGCAAAUCAGAUGAGGGCUCCAUGAUCCAAGAAGAAGAGCAUAGUCCAGGCAUCUCACAGGCUGUGCUAGACCCCAAGAAUGUGCCCAUAGAUGCUCUAGAUAAGGAAGUGGCUCUGUUAGUGAAUUUCCUCCUGCUCAAGUAUCAAAUGAAAGAGCCAAUAACAAAGGCAGAUAUGUUGGAGAUUGUCAUCAAAGAUUGCCAAGUCCACUUCCCUGAGAUCCUCCUGAGAGCCUCUGAGUGCUUGGAGAUGAUCUUUCACCUUGAUCUGAAGGAAGUGGAUCCCACCAACCACCACUAUUGCCUCCUCAUCAAAUUGGGCCUUACCUAUGAUGGGAAGCUGCACGGUGAAGUGGGCAUGCUCAAGACUGGCAUCCUGAUACUUAUCCUGGGUGUGAUCUUCAUAAAGGGCAACCGUGCUACCGAAGACGAAGUCUGAGAAGUUCUGAAUGUGACCAGGUUAUAUUCUGGGAGGAAGCACUUCAUCCUUGGGGAGCCCAGGGAGCUCAUCACCAAAGAUUUCAUGAAGGAAAAAUACCUGGAGUACCGGCAGGUGGCCAACACUGAUCCUGCACAAUUUGAGUUCCUGUGGGGCCCCAGAGCCCACGCUGAAACCACCAAGGCGAAGGUCCUGGAGUUUCUGGCCAAGGUUCAUGGGACUGACCCAAGUUCUUUCCCAUCUCAGUAUGCGGAGGCUUUGCAAGAUGAAAAAAGAGAAAGCUCAAGCCAGAAUUUCAGCCAGGGCUCCUCUCCUUCUGUGGCUACGGCAAGUUCUAGUAUCGAGAGUAGCAGCUUCUUCCUCACCUAG